AUGACAAUUGAAAACCCAGCAUUCGUUCUCAAAUCAAUCAAAAACGUCACCUUUGAAGACAGACCCAUUCGUCCAUUGCAGCCUAAGGAAGUGAGGGUCCAUGUCCAACACACUGGCAUUUGUGGAAGUGACGUUCACUAUUGGCAGCAGGGAAGAAUAGGCAAAUACAAAUUGGAGGAGGGGAAAGAUAUGGUGUUGGGCCACGAGCUGGGCGGUACUGUCGUGGAAGUUGGCUCUGAAGUGACCGCAUUGAAGAAAGGUGACAGAGUCGCUAUGGAGCCUGGUGUGCCUUGUCGCUUCUGUCAACUUUGUCGUGACGGAAAGUACAACAUGUGUGAAGACAUACACUUUGCGGCCACUCCUCCUUGGGAUGGAACUUUGCAGCGCUACUACAACAUCGCCUACGACUACUGUUACAAGAUCCCAGACCACAUGGACAUGGAAGAGGCCGCGUUGGUGGAGCCAGUCAGUGUUGCCGUACAGGCCAUGAAAAGAGCUCAAUUGAAGGGCACUGACUCGGUGGUUGUGUUUGGAUGCGGGCCCAUUGGCUUAUUGUGCCAGGCUGUGGCUAAAGCUUUUGGGUGUAUGAAAGUCAUUGGGGUAGACAUUUCCGAGGGACGUUUGGAGUUUGCAAAGACUUUUGGUGCUGAUGGUGUCUACAAAAUGCCGCCCAAAAAGGAGAAAGAGGGUCCCGAAGAGUAUGCCACUCGUGUGUCUGAUGAGAUGAAGGAGGAAUUCUCUCUAGGAAGUUCUGGCGCCGAUGUGAUCUUGGAGGCAACAGGGGCAGAGCCUUGUAUUCAAGUUGGUGUUUAUUUGGCAAAGCACGAAGGCACGUUUGUACAAACUGGUAUGGGAAGAGAGUUUGUCGGCUUCCCAGUUAUCGAAGCGUUGGUCAAGCAGCUCAAUUGGACGGGUACAAUCAGAUACACCACCGGCUGUUACCCUACAGCAAUUGACUUGGUCGCCUCAGGUAAGAUUGAUGUGAAGAGGCUCGUGACUAAUCGGUUCAAGUUUGAGGACGCCGAGAAGGCGUUUAAUUUGGUCAAAGAGGGUAGGACAGAUGUGAUCAAGGUGAUGAUCGCUGGUGUCACAGACGAGACUGCAAUUUGA